GUUUGCCGUGGCUUUCACGGUGAAAAUGAAGGAACUGGCAGCAGCAGAGUGGCCAGAUGCUAGGAAGAAAAUAUAUGUCCAAACUCAAGGAAUUAAGACUACACCCAGUGAAACAUUUGACUGGUAUAAAUUUCUACAAAAUGCAGACAUUCCUACAGAUGAAGGCACUUUACAUAUGUUUCUUUUGAUAUGCGGACUUCGAAGAGUCAAAGACCCUCUGUAUUUAGUAGAUGUAUUUUCAGAUUGGCACAGACAGGAUCCCAGUGUCCAUCUGGGCAUAAUUGGACCUGCAGUUGAUCCACUUUUUACAAGUGAAGUUAAGGAAAAAGUUAAAAGGGCAUCUGGAGUACAUUUAUUACAGGAGAUGCCACAAGAUGAUCUUCAUGCUGCUAUGAAAAGGUGCUUUGCUGUGGUGAACAGCUCCAUUUCAGAGGGGAUGUCUGCUGCAAUUCUAGAGGCAAUGGAUUUAGAUAUUCCAGUGCUGGCAAGGAACAUUCCUGGGAAUGCAGCAAUAAUAAAACAUAAGGAAACAGGACUGCUAUUUUCAGAUCCCCAGGAGUUUGUUGUUCUGUCGAAGAGUUUGAUGAAUGACCCCAUUAUGGAAAGAGAAAUUGUAGCAAGGGCCAAAGACUACGUGAAGAAACAUCAUUCAUGGGAAAGUGAAAGAAAAGCCUAUCAGAAUCUUGUCCUAAGACUCCAGUGAAUUGCAAGACUACAGCAGUCUGUGUAGAGCACUUCAAUGAUGGAUAUGUAAUUACAUUUGCAUUUCUCUUGGUUUCUUUUUAGAAGAGAUAGUAAGACAUGCAUUAUUAUUCUAUUCAAACAUACCAGCAUCACAGGAGUGGCCUGCUACUUCAAACUAUCAAAUUUAUCUAAUUCGGCACACUGUCUCUAGUGUACCAAUUCAUCACAGACCAGUAUCAUUUUGUAAGAUCACACAGGAGAAAUAUACUCCUUGAGCAGACAAAAAGUUUUGUUGUUGUUAGGCCUCAAAGGGAGGAUGAUUUCUUGUCCACAGUGGAGCACUCCACCACAUAGAGCUUACAUCGAAUGUUCUGGUCAUGUUGCCUCCUAACCAAAUAGCAGU